CUGCACUAUUCUUAGGUAGCUUUGGCGGCACAAACCAGGGGACAGAACUCUCCAAUAAGCAGUCCCCCGGCGCGUUUGACAGCUCCAGCUCCCUAGCUUCUAAAUGGCAUUUGACUAAAGUUUAGAGGUGUUGUUGCGGCUCAACCCGUCUCAGCCUUGUGAUCGAUCUUGCAACUCCAGCCAGAUACAGCUUGCUAGCAACUCAGAUAGUGUCACCACCGACACGAACUUUUUUUUAGAGACUGAUUUCUUCUUCCCUCUAAUCAAUUACGACACGGAUCGAACCAUGUCGGAAUCCGAUCCCUUCCUCAACGACUCCGCCGAGCUAGGCGGCGGUCGUGCUCAUCGAGAGGAUGUUGAGCUGGGAUGGCGGCGGCUGCUUGUCGAUGCCGGGCGGCAGGUCGCUGAGCAACCCAUCGUAAUCAAAGUGCUUCUGGGCUUCGCGCCACUGGGCUUUAUUGCCGGAUUCCUUGGUUGGAACGCGGUACUGGUAUCGGUGUUCAACUUCCUCGCCAUCAUACCGUUGUCUGCUCUCAUCUCAGAUGCUUCAGACACUCUGGCGAAUCGAUGGGGCUCGCUGCUCGGCGGCCUAGUCAAUGCCACCUUCGGCAAUACCGUCGAGUUAAUUGUAGGCAUCCUGGCCAUUAACCAGAACGAAAUAAGGCUUGCACAGUCGACCAUGUUGGGUAGCAUCCUCUCAGACAUUCUCCUCGUUCAAGGUUGCUGUUUCAUUGCCGCAGCCCACGGCACCAGCAUCCUCUCUGUCAACGCCGCUAUAGUCGACGCAUUGUCGUCGCUGAUGCUCGUCGCCGCCGUGGCGCUCAUUCUGCCUACAAUACUGUACUCGACCCUCCCCAAGGGGGGCGAGGAUAUUAAUGACAAGAUCCUGUCCUUCUCGCGGGCAACAGCCGUUGUGCUACUGCUCAUCUAUGUCAUCUUCUUGUACUUCCAGCUCUGGACUCACCCGUCUGUUUUUCUCGACGAAAAGGACGACGUCCAUCAUGAGGCACAUGGAGAUGGCAUUGAGGACCCCCAGCAACAGCAGAUUGACGAGGCUACCAGAGAAGCUAUUAAAAGCCAGGAGGAAGACGAUACGCCGUCGGUGUCUGAGGUCUACUCAGCCGUCGCCAUCUUAAUCAUCUCGGCGGCAUUGAUUACAAAGUGCACGCAAUAUUUUAUUACGAGCCUCGACGAGACUGCCAAAUCCUUGCAUAUCACUAAGACGUUUAUCGCUAUAUUUCUCAUCCCCUUGGCUAGCAAUGCCCCUGAGCUGUCGCAGGUGGUUGCGGCCUCAAAGCAGCGGAAGAUCAACUUCGCCAUUGGGGUCAUUAUAGGGAGCAUUCUACAGAUUGCCCUCUUUGUCCUCCCCUUUCUCGUGGUCAUCGGCUGGUACAUGGGCCGCGCCAUGGACCUUUACUUCGAGACGUCACAGACCUACAUCCUCCUCCUGGCUGUCUUGAGCGUGAACCAGGUGCUGCAGGAUGGAAAGUACACAUAUUUCCAUGGCAUCAUGCUCUUGUCAAUGUACACGGUUAUCGCGCUGGCUAUUUUUAUUGAGCCAUAUAAUUGACUUUUGUCUUCCCUUACUUUUAUUUAUACCCAUCAUUUCCAUGAGUUGGUGCCGCCUUCAGCUACGUCAGGGCGGACAUAGAAAGCGGCAGCGAUAGAGACAUAUCUAGGGGUUACAUGUUAAUGAAAAGGGCGUCUUAGCUGGUAGAAAAAUCUAAAAUAUGCUUACGU